AUGGCUCGCGGUACAUUGAGUGAAAAGGAGCGUCAUUGCUUGGAGGCAAGCGCGAAAAGUCAGGCGGAACGAUUGCAAGAAUCGGAUAAAACGAUCAGCGACAACAAAACUAACGGACUCAGGGUGCGGUUCUUGGACGAGGAGGGAAAGACGGAGAGGAUGGUCAGCGCUGACGAAGUGGACUGUGCGGUGUCACGAGUCAAGAAAAUACACAUACUCAAAAACAGGAGCUCCAGUGAAACUAGCAUUCUCCUUAGGAACCCCUCCCUCAUCAAGAGGAGACUGGGUUGCGAGCGUCGGUACAGCGACGGACAGUGUGAUACGUUGAACAAUAACUCUAUCAGUGAAAACCUCAACACGAACAUAAAAGAUGACGUCGGGGACGCUCCUCCGAAGACAGAAGAAGUCGACAACACCAAAGACAGCCAGAACUUUAAGAAGAACUGCAACGUGUACAGUGUGAACCAGGCGAAGACGUUGACGGCCGAAAGGAAAAAGUCCAACCCUAGGACGAUACCUAAACUAAUCGCCCAUAAAGAGAAUGCGCAAGGAAAGUCUAUUCUGCCGGCCGAGGUGUGUCUGGCCGACGGGCUCUCGGGGAAGGACUUCACGACUCGUGCUAUAGGGCGGCUGUCUCGAGGACUGGGCCGUCUGCUGCGCCGCACGAACAGCGUCCGCAUCAGUGAGCCUGAUCCCGUCUACAAAGUGGCAUACCUCGGAAACGUACUCACCGGCUGGGCGAGAGGUGAAAGCUGCAUCGAGAAGCCACUCGCUACGUUAUGGCGUAACUACCAACAGUCGACCAAACCUGAUGUGGUGAUGAAGUUAUCCGUCACCAAUUCCGGUCUCAAGGGAUUCACCAAAGAACACGGACUCACAGAGUACUGGUCCCACCGCAUCACGUACUGCGCGAGUCCACCACACUACCCUAAAUUAUUCUGCUGGGUUUAUAGACACGAGGGAAAGAAAUUGAAACACGAACUUCGCUGCCACGCUGUUCUCUGCGCCAAAGAAUCUGUGUCAAAGAAAAUAACAGAAGAACUACAAGUCAAACUGAAACAAGCUUUAGUUGAAUUCAAGAAAGAUAGAAUAUCUAAACAGAAUGCAAGGCUCAGUCUCGCGAAUAGUGUUUAUGACAACCCGAGCAUGCCUCGCAGAAAAAUACUUCUGAGCGUAGGUGCUUUAAACUAUAAGCCACCUUUGGAGCGAUCCAAGUCAGCCCCUAAACUUGGUGCUAUCGAGGAACUCUGUUCAGAGGAAGACGAAGAGGAAGCCGAGAUGAAUGAAAGGAAAGAAAAGUUGACACAAGUUUCAUACACGUCUGCAUCUGCGACUCUGGAUCGGCGGCGAGCAGAGAUGAUGUCUUCACGUAAACUGUCUUGCCCCGAAGGUGUUAUGGAACGAAUAAAAUUAGCUACCGUAGAGUGCAAGGAUAAUGUUUCAGAAACAUUAACGAAUAUUGAGACUUUUGAAACAGAAAUUCAUCAUGAACAUACUAGUCACAACGAUAAUGAGAACCUUCAGAGGACUUUAGAAACGAUACGCGCAGACAUGAAGGCCAUAGAGGUUCACAGUAACCCACUGCUAUCUCAAAGUAACUUCCUCGUCACGGACAGCGACGAUGGAUCUGUUUCUUCGGGGUGCGAAACAGCGAGCACGGUUACCUCAUCGGACGCGGAACCAUCGUCUCUUCCAUCACAAUAUUCAUCAGAGGAAGUUCCAAAGGAGUUAGACAUCGAGGAAGAGAGGGAGUCGGUGUUCGACAGACACUUCGAGAGUGCUUCGAUGAGGAAUAGAAACUGUUUGACGAUGGGCGGCGACGGAAACGAUUCAAGCACGAUCAGUUCCGACGAAGUCAGCCACGUACCGAUGGGAGAAAGGAAUACCUUCCGACGGAGAUCCACAUACCCUCCGCUGAGGUCUGACUCCAGCCUCCUCGACGACAUACAGGACAAGUUCGAUACCUUGAUCGACAACCUGACAGAUACGGAGAGUCUGAACUAUACUGGGGAGACGGAAGUGUUCAAGAGUCACGGAGACAACGACAGCGCCUGCAGCGAUGAGUCAGGAUACUCGGAGCUGCUGGACGUGAAGGAGAGCGUCAUAGGGAACACUAUCAUGGUGUAG